AUGCCCUCCCUCAACCCAGACCCUUGUCUGCCCCUUCUUCUCCGUGUCUCACCCUUAUUUUUUGGGGCUGCUUCUCAGUCUGUUGUUCUGAUUUUGGCUAGAUCUCCCACCUUUGGACCGUUGUUGAUUAGCGGUUUUGACAUGGCUCUUCCUGCUUCUGCAAUGUUAGCUGGUCCUGCUAUUGCUGCAGCAGCUAAAUGCUUUGAUGUUGGGGGUGAGAUAAAGAACUUGAAAGGUGCUGAAAAAAUAUUAUCGGAGAUGGUGAGAGUAGUAGAGUUGAAGUUAAAGAAACAGUUGAAAAGAGCAGCCAAAUCGAUCGUUGGGGGCUUGUCGAACGAGAACUCAUCCAUCACAGCAUCAAAGAUAUUGGAAAAGAUGCAUGUGGCUUAG